AUGAAGGAAGUCGGGACACACCGUAAUAUUGUGAGCAUGCUCGGGUACUGGAUCCAAUCACCUCCCAUUAUGUUAAUCAUGGAAUAUGUUCCAAACGGAGAUCUUCUUCAGUGGCUCAGAAACAAAAGGCGACAGGUAUCAUUACUUUACUUUUGUUUAAAAAAAUAUCUUCUCUCCAUUCGCAAUAGGGCUGCGUACAAGUAUUAUUUAUAGACCUCAAACUCAGACAAACAAAUUGCUCAAUUUGUUUGUCUUUUUGUCAUUGAAAUGUCAAGUUUCUCUGACUUUUGUCAUGAAAAUAACAAAAACGGCAAAUUUCAGACAAACAUGGCAAAUUAGUCACUCUGACGUCAUUAGUAUUCUGUGCUGCACUUUAAUUUUCUAAUGAACAUCGUCCUGGGCGUGUAUGUUCUUUUUCUUACAUUGUGUGGUCUCUUAAGGCAGAAGGAAAAUCCUCUAACUCAUCACACGUCUAAAAACCAUCUCCUUCAGUAAAAAUAAUAAGAUGCUAAACAACUUGAUGUGAGAAUUUGUACAUGUUACCUAUAAUUUAAGUUCUGAAAGACAGAGGUGUGCUUAAAAAUGUAAAUAUCAAUGCAACCGGAUAUUCGUAUUUUUCCAAACGCGGUUUAUACAGCCAGACUGUUUAGGUGCUAUUCAUGUAUUUGGAAAACAAAGAUCGGUAAAUACACAAAAAUUUGUGUUCAACACUGAGUUAAUAAACAGGAGGGCAUUUUGCAUGCGCAUGCGUGAAUCCGCUGAACGACGAUAGCGUGGGCGCAUCAAAUCUGAUGGCGGGAAAUCGAAAACUCGCGCGUAAAGUUACAGUCCUUUUAAAAGCCAUUUCGUUGGUGCUUUGAAUACCGUACUUUCCUACAAAAAAUAUUCUCCAUGACAAAAAUCGGACGUUUUCUACGCGGGUAUUUACUUGUAGAUUUUUCAGCAGUAUGUUUUCUUGCCCUUUUAAAGACUUUCAAGACUCAACGCCAAAAAGUCAUGUUCUUGUAUAAGUCUGAUUUUCACUGGCAGAGCAAUGCAUUUCUAUAGUUUGAUUUCUAAACUCGUGGUUUUACUUAUCAGGGAGGAAAUGCAUCGUAGUAAUGUUCAGCUGCUUUAAGACAAAAAGCGAAAAAAAAAUUUACCACGCGAGGUUUAUUUAUUAGCGCGAUGUCUCAUGUUAAACUGAUCACGGAGACACGCGUUUAUAUAUGCCACAAAAACAUGAAAUCUAUGGGGUUUUUACAGUUUUUCGAAAGUUUUCGCGGAAAAAUUUAUACAAAAUAUUCUAUAGGAAAUGAAGAAUGGAUUGAGUUUGAGACAGCAACAAUUACAAGUGAUUAUGUAGUACAUAAUCAUUUGAGCAUUUCAUAAGCUGAGUUGCAGACAAAACGAAUGAAAAUUCUCCGAAAAAACGAACAGUACUUUUAUUUUUCUUUAACUCUAAAAGAUACAGAGAUUUUCCUAAGCUACUAUUUUGAAGCGACUCUUGAGUAACAGCUCCUGUGUUCCACAAUCGAUUUCUUGUUAUUAAUUUAUAUUUGAUGACACUAGUGAUCCAUUCAAAACAGAGAAUGGCCAUCACUCCAUAAAUCUAACUGACGAUGUUGUUCACCUUCAAAGCCUGUUUAAACAUAAGACAGGAAGUUUGUUAAAGGGGUGCAUAUAAUGCUGUUUCCUCAAAAAACAUAUACUUCUGCUAAAGGACCCAAAUGAGCUGGGAUGCGAUAACAAACAUGACACAAAUGGAUGGGUGAAUUUGUCUGUUAUUAAUGUUUCUGUUAAGAGCUUUUUACUGUAUCCAGAUGAACCCCUUAUGUAAGUUGUACAUCAUGGAAGAAUUAUAUAGCAGAAACUGACGCAUUAAACAAGAAUUUGGUUCAAUACAGAGGAGAAGCUGGUCUCAGUCAACAUCCUUCGUGAAUGAAAUGUCUCACAAAUUAGCAUAUCAACAAAUGUAGUAUCCACAAAAUGGUAUCAUAUAGGAAUAAAUGCGAUUUUUUUGCAACAGAAGCCGGGAUUUAUUUAAAGGUGUAUUGAUAACGUUUCAUUUCGUGCUAUUUUGGGGUUGGGGAGUCAGGCUAGAUUUUCUUUAAAAUGCCAAAAUGUUAUAUUUAUUUGCAUAAUGAAAUGUAAACAAACAGUGUACCAUCAAAAUAAGGUGGAAAAUAUCAGAAUUCAAACCGAUUGCCGUAUAACUAAAUGAUAGAAUAUUCUUAUUUUCAAAACACAGUCUUACUGGCAUCAUUAUAUUGAUUUAAAUGUAUAGUUGAAAUGCGUGUAUUUUAUUUCUCAACGAAGACGUACCGGAGAAGAAAGCUAAAAUUAAUGCAGAAGGCGAUUUUUCACAGCCUUCAUCAAAGCGCCAUUCAUUCGCGGAAGUAUUUUUAGUUUCAUUAAUCAUUAACUUAAUCUGGGGAGAAAGGCAAGAUUCCGAGAUAAACAAGCCAGAGAAAGGGUGAAAAACAGUUUCACGGCAUGGAGAAUGGACACUUAAUUAACCACUGUAUUCCUGAAACGAUUAUUUUCGAUUUUAGAGUUAUACUGUUGAGAAGAAUUAAGUAUCUAUAGGAUAAUUGUUUAACGAAAAACUAUCAUACUGACCUUUUUCUCCUGCUCAAAAAACGUGCGCGAAAUGUUAGGUGGUAUAAGAACAUUCAGCCGCCAUCUUGUCUUCGAUAUACUGUUUUACGAAAGGAAAGACUGUCCUCUCAAGGUCGACAGCGAGGCUACAAUAAACUCACUUUCAUCGUAGAAAUACCUCGAUACCUUAAAGAACAUGUUUGUGGAACGUAGCACCCAAUACACGUCAUUCAGCUCCAGAAAACAGCCUGCAAAUGCUGGUAUUGAACGUAAACAAUUCACAGAAAAUGCCUCUGUGGCACUUCAAACAGCCCAUGUUGACGCAUGCGCAUACAAAAUGCCCUCCUGUUGACUUAAUAAAGUCAAGCUUGCCCCGUUAGGAUCAGUUAAGGUUCCGGGAAACUGCCUACCUAUCCCUCCCCUAAGCCAUAUUUUGCCCUAAGUGAGAAGGUAGUGUUGAUUUUGUCUUAGGGAAGGGGUAGUUGGUCAGAAAAUUAAAAAAAAAAAAAACCUUGACGUUUUGAGCGUUUCCCCCAGGGCGUACUCCCGCCCGAUAGGAUGAGGAUCUCCAUCCUUAAAUAUGGUAUCUUUGUUGCCCUUAUUGGCGUAGUGUUGCCUAUGUGAUCCUUAGAUAGGGUACCGUUAUUCUAUCAGGUAAAAUUCACGUGCGUUAAUGCCCAACACACGAGAAACAAAUCAUAGAUCUGUUAAGACUGAACUUUACCCUAGAGGAGCGCGAUCUUUUUCUAUUAACUCUUAGGUUUUGUUUUUCCCUCGAACUGGGCCUCAUUUUCCUUUUUUGGGUCUUCAUUAGGAUAUCAUAUUGGUUUUCGCUUGUCUCAACUUUUCGAAAUUUUUUAGAGUUCCCCCCCCCAGGCGUUAACCUUUUCUGGUCAGAAUGAAUCACGGGAUUACUAAUGGUGGAGCUACGCUAUUGUUUGAACAUGGUAACAAGACAAGAAUAGUUUACUUCAACGAACGCUUUUCAUUCUAGUAAUUUACUUAUUUCUUUUCUCAUUUUCCCAUGUAUUCACCAAUAGUUGAGGUCCACCAUUUGAUAAACCGUCCUUGAUUCGAGCUGACAAAGGGCUUCCACUCAAAAUGCCCGUCAGCUUUUCGAUCCACGGUCUUUCAAUGGUGGCAGGAUGAGUUAUUCAAAUCAACCGAUAACACCAGAGUUUUGCUUUUCACCCUCCGACCGACGUAGUAGAAACGUUUCUUCUUAACAAACCCUUCAAAAUAUUUUUUGGAGAUAAUGAUUGUCCGUCCAGAGUUUCAAAACCGCCGCCCGGUUAGCUCAAUGGGAUAAGUGCCGGUCUGCUGAGCGGGAGGCCGUAGGUUCAAACCCCGUCCAGAGCAACACUCAGGGUCUUUAAAUAACUGCGGAUAAAGUGCUGCCUUUGGAUAACAACUGCAAACGGUUUGACUUACUAGUCUUCUCGGAUAAGGACGAUAAACCGUAGGCCCCGUCUCAAAAGCCCUUGCACAUGUAAUAAAUCUGUGGGACGUUAGAGAACCCACACACUCUUGGUAAAGAGUAGGGCACGUAGUGCCCGGUGUAGUGGUUUAUCUCACUUUCACACUCAUGUAUGGGGGCAUCAUUACACAUUCCUUCAUUACUUGUAAACUGCACCUUAAGCAGUCUGGCAAAGUCCCCCAAACAGUGUUGUAAAUUAUCCCUGAAAAGCUCUGAGGGGAGUGGAUAAUACGAUAAUUACACACACAUUACACGUCCCGAAAGCCCUGUACGAGAUAUGACGUCACAAGUGACAUAAGGUCAAACCAAAUAUCAAGAAGCACACGUCGCGUUUUUGGGACUGUGUAUCUUAAAAUGUCAUGGAAAAUUGUAACAAAGCAGAAGAAAAGCUUUGUUUGUACUACAGUUUAAUCCAUUUGAAUCUUCCGUGGAGGAUUUAAAGAAAGUUGGUCCAUACGGUAUUCCCGGCUAGAUUUUCAGUUUAACGUCGGUUAAGUAAUCCUUCAAUUCACAUGGAUUUCCUAUAAAUGGGUAAAAAUAUUUCGGCUAACCAAUGAUCAGACAGAAUUCAUUUCUCAAUAUUUUUGCAGCUUAUAAUGAAAAAGAGUUGGCAAAGUGAUGCCGUUGAAAGGCUUAAGCCUCCUGAUCCUGAGAGGCCGAAAUUGGUGUCCAGGAACCUGCAAACAAAAGAUGUUUUGGAUGAAAACCUGAAAGAAGAGAACAGGGGAAGAAAUAAUGAAGAAAGUGGAAAGGACGGUGGUUAUCAUUCCAGCGGGACGGAGGAAAUUAAAAUCGACCUGGACGACGUUGAAAGAGGAAUUAUAAUCAACAAUGCUCCUCGAUCUGAGAUGGAACCUCUCCUCUCAAGCCUGGAAGACGAAGAUGACAAGGAGGAAGAACAGAGUGGCGAUGUCAACACGUCAUUUCUACAAACUGAAGAGCGACAGGGACCGGUUACGUCGGUGAUGGUGUUACCUUCGAUCAGUAUUGCCCAUUUCUCCAAAGAAAAAGAGCUCACUCUCGCUGAGCCUUUAAGAAACGUCGACGAAAAGAUCAACGUCGAGAAAGAAGAAGGUAGCUGUGAGGGCAAGGAAGAUGAUGAAGAAGACAUUUCUGGGAAAGAAGUUCUAUGUUAUGCGUGGCAGAUUGCUAAAGGGAUGGUAAGAACUUUUUCGACUGAAGAAUGUCUUUAGCAAUUUAGUCGUCGUUUGCAAAUCACAAAAAUCUGCCUCUUCCCCGUAUUUAAAAUACUUUACUACUAGUUUUUAUGUGUCUGCAAGUAUUAUGCUGUCCGGUCAUGAGACGGCAGAUUUUUCAAGCAUUCAAAUUGCUGCGUUAUUUAUAACAGACCAUUAUAGGGCUAACUACUAUCUUGCUGAAUUUUUCGUGAAACAUAGCACACAUAAAAUUGAGCCGUUUGAUUUUAAAAAAGGUCAAAAACGAGUUUUUUUAUAGCCCGAGAAGCCUAAAAAUCACAUGGAGUCGUUGUGAAGGUACCUAAUGACAAACCAGGUCCGUUCGUAUUUUCGAAAAGGCGUCUAAUGAAUAUAGCCAUAUGACCUGAAUAAGGCUAAGCUAUCAGUUAUUUAGUUUGAGUCGUACAAGCCUGACAUUCAGGGACGUAGCCAGCUUUUUGGCUAGUUGUAGGCCUGGCUGACUUUCACUUUCCCAUAUCCUGAAAAUUGUACGCAUGACCAGUACGCACUGACCUCACCAACACUUUAAGAGACGGUCCAGAUAAGAACGAUAGCAACAACGGCAACGAACAUGCAUGUUGGAAUGCAAAAAAGGUGCUAACUUUUCUAUUGUCUGUACUUACUUCUGACUGGCUUAAACAGCAAAAGUUAACAAAACUUCAUAAAGCAGUGCAUAUAUUCAUCCUUACUUUCCAACUAUCUUCCAUAUAACAAAAUCUGGUCUCAGUUUGAAUAACAAAGAAAUCCUAUGUGGGGAACUUGUAAAAUUGUAAACUUUUCUUGGCUAUUGUUUUCAACUCUUGUGAUUGGUCAAAAUCUUUUAACACCAAAAAACACCCUUUCAAAGUGGAGUGUAAAUGCAUUUUACUGGGUAAACGGCCUUCGUGUAGGUUUAUGCAUUCUCUGUGUAAAAAUAAGAACAUUCCUAUGUGGGGAAAGCACCUUUGCCGCAUAACAAAAGAAAUUGCUAUCCACCUUACCCGGAUCAUUACUUAAGCUCUUGUGUUUUUUCAACUAACUCCAACAACGCAUAAUUUAUUACAAGCGGUAGAGUGAUCAAACCAAAAAUUUGAAGGCCCGGGCCUACAGGGCUAUGGACUGGCUACGUCCCUGAGAAAAGAAGGGAAGUAGAGGGAAGAAAAAGCAAUGGUUAAAUUUGUUUUCGGGACUGGGAGACUGAGCAGCAAGGACUUUCUAGAUAAAUACUCCCGUAAUCGGAAUCUUGGAAAGCACAAUAAACGGUCUGCAAGUGGAACUGAUGGCUGAGGCUAAGGGAUUGCUUUUUGUAAACGGCCACCGUGAUGGUAUUUGCUAACUAUUGUAAGCUCAAUUGAUAUAUCUGGUGGCUCAGGUGUAUAUUUGACUUUUGGGUUUAGCAAAUAACACUCUCCCGGUGACCCGCAUAACUCUGCCUCAUCCAAUAAUUGCUGUUUAUCCAUUGGUAUGAAUGAACCUUUUUUAACGAAAAAAAUCUAUUCUCUAAAUGAAUAAUGUUCACUGAGGUAUGCCUCUUUGGGUGACUUCGAAAUAGAAAUCAGCGGUAUAGUAAGAACCAAUAGGUUUUUUUUUUCUUUUUCGGGCGUGGCAGUCCAAGGGGGGCUUGAUUCCACUCACCCCAAGUCUCCCUGAAAAACAGCAUUUAAUUAAGUGUCAACCGAUGUCAACGGGCUUUCUUUCGCGGUUGAAAAACUGAAAAACCUUAUUUUUCAGCCAAUAUUCAUCCCUUCGAGUUAUCGAGGGUAAAAUUGUAUGAAUGUGAUCUGAAGGAAAACAAAAAUUACUUCGAGUUAUCGAGGGUUCGAGUUACCGACGGUAAAUUACAGUAAAGGAAAUCCGGGGGAAAUCGAUUCUGGUUCGAGUUAGCACAAGGUUCGAGUUAGCGAGGGUUCGAGCUGGAGUCGACUGUAGUUCACUUAGCUUGUUCAACGGCUUUUUAUGCUGAAAAGUAUACGUCGCGGGAUUUCUUGGCCAAUUCCUUAAUUUGUUUCUUGUUUUCCAACGGCUGUGACGGAAAUCCUCCCUCCAUUCUUCAUGAAUAGACCGACGAUGACUUCCUCCCGCUUUCCGGUCCGUUUGCCAGGCACAGCUUGCAGUAGCCUGUUCCAGGCUCUCGAUAGUAGGGGUGGCACCGGCAAAAAUAAGGCAAAAAAGCGUAAGGCACCGGCAAAAAUAUAAAAGCGUGAUCUAGGAAAAAGGGGCGGUGGCGGCUAUCUUUGAGCCUGGAACAGACGUUUCAUUGUACUUGGU